CGGAACAUGGGGGGCCAGUAAAAUAUGGAGGAAUUUCACAAACGGCGUCCCCGUAGUAACACAACUGCUCCCCCAACUUUUUGCGUGGGCCCAUUCUCUCUAUCUCCCUGUGCCUUUCCACAGCUGCCCUCUCAUUGGGCACUCAUAAAAGACCCUCACCAUUCCCCUCCCCUACAAGUCUAAGCCCUCCCCAUCAUGGAAGAGCCACCCACCCAUCAAUGCGGUGAAGCUAACACCUCCUCCUCCUCCUCCUCCUCUUGCACCACCACCACUACUUCCUCCUCCUCCUCCUCCUCCUCCUCUAGCUUCCCCACCACCACCUCUUUGUCUCCCAAUGCCUCCCCAGAACCACCCCAGGAUUCAAAGAUCCAUAAGAAGGCCGCCAAAAGCAGCUCCAAGCGAGGUGCCGAGGCCGCCGGCACCACCACCGGCGAGGCCAAGAAGCGCAGCAAGGACGGGAAGCACCCCACCUACCGCGGCGUGCGCAUGCGUAAUUGGGGCAAAUGGGUGUCGGAAAUCCGAGAGCCGAGGAAGAAGUCGAGGAUCUGGCUUGGUACCUUCGCCACCGCCGAGAUGGCAGCCCGAGCCCAUGACGUCGCCGCCCUCACCAUCAAAGGCCAGUCCGCACACCUCAAUUUCCCGGAAUUGGCCUGCAAACUCCCCCGCCCCGCCACCGCCUCCCCCAAGGACAUCCAGGCCGCCGCCGCUCUCGCCGCCGCCGCCACAUUCGCCGAUUGCAUCCACCCCUCGUGCCGGGACGACGACGUCAUCGCAGCAGCGGCCUCUCCCUCCCGGGCCCCCCCCACCCCCUCCAGCUACAACGACGAUAUCGAUGCGCUCUUCGACCUCCCCGAUCUCCUGCUCGACUUGAGAGACGAGUUCUGCUACUAUUCACCAACUUGGCUGCCUCCGCCGGAGGAGGAUCACGACACCCUCGGAUUCCGUCUCGAGGAGGAGCCGCCGUUCUUGUGGGGGGUGUGAUCACCUACCGCAUUUGGCACCAUUUCUAUUUCAGUCCUCAGCAGUCCAAAUUAUCAAACUCGGAACUCUUUUCUCCUCUUAGUGGGUAUAAUUGAAGGCGGAGGUCGAAUCUCAAAAAAAAAUAAAAUCUUUCCAAAAUCUUUCGGUUGCUUGUUAGAUUUUCCGGUUGCUCUACAAGGAAUCUAUCCCUGUAGCUAUUUGUAAGCAGGGUCUUCCACACCUCUUUUACAUAAAUUCGCUACUAGUUAUAUGUCCUGAUA